CCCGGGGCGAGACGUCGCCUAAAGUGUUGCGCGUUCCAUUUUCAAAACGCGACUUUGACGUUUGGUGGAACUUUUCCAUUUUGAAACGUUUCAGUGUUGGAAAUAUUUUUUGAAAUUGGAAUUUUUGUGUUUUUCAAAUGAGUUGUUCGUGUGUUUGAAGUUGCGACUGGACUUUUUAGGGGUAGUUUAGUUGUCUUAUAAUGGAAAUGUCUUUGCCGAACGGAGUGGAUGUGUCUCAGCUGGUGCAGCACCCAGUCCUGGCUGCUUUGCCUCCAUUCUUCCUCAGAGCCUCGGAAAGAUAUCAGAGGACCCCGAAAUGCGCUCGCUGCCGCAACCACGGCGUGGUCUCCGCGCUGAAGGGUCACAAGCGCUACUGCCGAUGGCGUGACUGCGUGUGUGCGAAGUGCACGCUCAUCGCAGAACGGCAGCGGGUCAUGGCAGCACAGGUGGCGCUCCGGAGACAACAGGCGCAAGAGGAGAACGAGGCGCGGGAGCUGAACCUGCUCUACGCCGGGCAGACCGCGCCGCACCACUACUCCGACGUGCCCGACGACUCGCCUGUUCAAAAGCGCGCGCGAAUCACUGAGGUCUGCUCCAGCCCCUCCCCCCCUGCUGAACAGCCCCCGGACUCCAAAACCCCCGCCCCCGCCUCCCCUCUCGCAACCUCACCCCCUCGCUCGCCCUCCGACCACGAGCUCAACGUCGAAGAAGAACUCGAGGACCACUCCGAAACAUCCCUCACUCCCGAAAACCUAUCCAUGAAAGAACAAAGACCAGAAGAGUUGGCCGUAAAGAAGGAAGACGAAGAGAAAUGGGAGAACUCAAACCAAGACUUCAAGUACAAAAUGUUCCGACGCAAGCCCGAGUCGUUGCCUGAACCGGUGCAGGAGGAGACCCCGUACCAAAAGUCGCCAGUCGACGUCCUCAUCAAGGUCUUUCCCAGACGCAGCCGGCAGGAGAUUGAAGCGAUGCUCGCUAGAUGCAAAGGUGACGUGGUAGCGGCCAUGGACAUGAUGUUAAACGGCACCGCUGAAAGUAACAGCACUCCUUACAACAUCACUCAGGAAUCGCCCCCGUAUUUACAGAACUACCAAUCAAAAUCUGCAUUCUCUCCUCUCUCAAACCAGAGUUUUAAAUUCUCUCCUUCGAGGAGGUUUCUGACUCCUCCUUACAGUGGCACAGGGUACCUCCCGACGGUGAUCAGGCCUCCGCCCGAGUACCUCUCGUCUUUCAUGCCUCCUUCAGAGCUGAUGUACGGGCGUCAACUCCAAGUCCCAUCUCCCGGGACUUCCCCUACUUCAGACAACACUAACAACGAAGGAUUUUCUGAUUAG